UAGCAGACGAAAAAAAUGGCGGCUUCCAGUUUAACAAGAUGUGUGCGUUUAUGUAACAAACACUUCAACAACAUCUGCAGGUUCUCAACUUCCAUCAAAAGGCCAAGAAAUGGAGAGGUACGCCCAGAAAUUGGCCAAGCAUCCACCAUGAUGGAUAUAGGAACACGUGAAAUUUUCUCUGCUGAGCAUGAUAUGUUCAGACAGAAUGUUCGAAGAUUCUUCCAAGAAGAAGUACUUCCCCAUCACAGCAAGUGGGAAAAAGAUGGACAGGUCAGCAGAGAGGUUUGGGAGAAAGCAGGUCAGAAUGGUUUGUUGGGUGUCAACACAAAAGAGGAGCAUGGAGGAGUAGGAGGGGAUGUUCUGUCCACAGCCAUUACCUGGGAAGAACAGAUGUAUGUGAACUGCUCAGGACCAGGUUUUGGUCUGCACUCUGACAUUAUUAUGCCAUACAUCUCACAUUAUGGAACAAAAGAGCAGAUUGAGAAGUUCAUCCCGAGAAUGACUGCUGGGACCUGCAUUGGAGCCAUAGGAAUGACAGAACCUGGAGCAGGCAGUGACUUGCAAGGAAUUAGAACAAAUGCCAAAAAAGAUGGUUCUGACUACAUUUUGAAUGGGUCAAAGGUGUUCAUCACAAAUGGCUGGAUGGCAGACUUGGUCAUUGUUGUGGCAAUAACUAACCCAGAAGCCAAAUCAAAGGCCCAUGGUAUUAGUCUCUUCCUUGUGGAGGAUGGUAUGAAAGGUUUUGUCAAAGGCAGAAAAUUAGAGAAAAUUGGAUUCAAGGCACAGGACACUGCAGAACUGUUCUUUGAAGAUGUCCGUCUUCCAAAGGAAUCCCUUCUCGGUGAGGAAAACAAGGGAUUCUAUUAUCUAAUGCAGGAACUGCCACAGGAGAGACUUAUCAUUGCAGACAUGGCUAUUGGAUCCUGUGAGUGGAUGUUUGAGGAAACUAGGAACUAUGUCAGGCAAAGAAAGGCAUUUGGAAAAACUAUUUCUAAUCUUCAGACUGUUCAACACAAACUGGCAGAGCUAAAAACAGAGAUAUGUGUGGGACGGGCUUUCCUGGAUCAGUGCUUGAAAAUUCACAAUGAGAGAGGGCUUGACUCAUCAUCAGCGUCAAUGGCAAAAUAUUGGGCCUCAGACCUACAGAACUCUGUUGCCACCCGGUGUCUACAGUUACAUGGAGGCUGGGGCUAUAUGUGGGAAUACCCAAUCGCCAAAGCUUUUGUUGAUGCCCGAGUGCAGCCCAUCUAUGGUGGAAGUAAUGAAAUCAUGAAGGAGCUCAUUGCCCGACAAAUUGUGUCUGACAAAUAGGCUUGGGAGUUACAGAACUUGCUACACUGAAUCGAAAAGUGAAUGCAGCAUCAUCAUUUUAUUAACUUCAAUUCUAACAUUAAUUAAAUUUGGCUUUUCUAGUGCAAAAAAAAUUCCAGACAAUGUUUUCAUUAACUUUCAAUUUUGACACAUUGAUGUAAGUUGCUGAAAUGUAAUUUGUCUUUUUUUUCUAUAGGGAAAUAAUGAUUUUAAAAAAUCCUGUUUUGUGAAGAAAGGAAGGGGAAUCAAAUGAAUUAUUCAUUUUUGAUGCAUCAGAAUCAUUUUUUUUUUUUAAAUCAAAUGUAAGUUAUUCAUCAGUGCAUAAUGUGUUUGUAACAUUAAUUUAGAGAUUAUGAAAAGUGAAACAUUUGAAGAAAAAAACUUUAUAUUGACUGUGAUAUAUGGGUAAUUUUCAAGUAGUUGUCACACAACAUACCUUUACCUUGAUUUAACUGCUUUGAUGUUUCUUGUGUCAUGCAUAAUGAAAUAUUUUGUGAUAUAUACACAUUAUCAAAGAUAAUGUUGAAAGUAGUUUGAAAGUUGUGCUUCAUUAUUUAUAGCCAUUGUAGGUAAAGUAACAAGUACAUAUGUAAAGGAUAUCUAAUUGGUGUAAUAUCAAACUGCAUAUGUUUUCUUUAUUCAGAUAUUGUGAUUUUUGCAUAAUUGUUGAAUAUACAUAUAUUCGCCACCUAUUUUGUAAGAAAUAUUAGAAAACAAUAAA